AUGCCCAACAAACCUGAAGGCGUCAAGAAGUCCGCCAAGCAGGCCAUGGAAGAAAGGUGGGUGGAAAUGGCGGCGGAGUUCGCUCGCUUACAGGAGGCCGUCCGCCUGGAGGAAGAGGAGGAGCACAAACAGAGGGAGGAGGAGAAGAAGAUCAUGGCGGAGGAAAAACAGAGAGCGGCGGUGGAGCGAAAACGCGAGGAGGAGCAGAAACAGAGGGAUAUUGCAGAAACGCGGAGAAGAGUACUGGAGUCGGCGUCAUUGGGGCAUGUGGGGGCGUCGACAGUUACUCGUCGAUCCAGCAACUCCGAAGGUCCGGAGAAAUUUUGCAGCUCCUGUGUAGAGUGGAAGAGGGACUGUACCUGGACUCAGGCAUUUAGGUCCAACAGGGGAAAGAAGCGUCAGCAGAGCCCGGCAGAGAUGGAUGACAACAUGGAGUCGAUCUCCAAUCCCCAGACCAUGAUCGUGGAGGAGGGCAGAUGGAUGGAGUAUGACAACCAGGCCUGGGUGGCCACUGCCAAUGACAUAGUGGCAGCAUUGGCACGGACCAAUGGACUUCUGGAGUGGAGUAUUGUGGCAGUGGAGGGGAGCCGAGCAGCCAUGGACAGGUUCAUGGAGGAGCAGAGGGCUUUCCGAGCCUUAUUCCUGGAAGGGAUGAGGAACGGCUUUCAUGCGGAGGUGGCGGAGGAACCAGAGGAAACAGAGGAGGAGGCGGAGGGUGGGAGUGGUGCUGGGGUCUCCGGCAGAGAUAUGGAGACUGAUGACCUCUAG